AUGGGCGGUAGCCGCGGCGGGCUGGCGGGGCAGCUGGGCGGGCUGCUGCGGGCGCAGCCCCGCGCCUCCCUCGGCCUCCCCAUGCUGCUGCUCGGCACCUACUUCUUCUACUGCCUGACGGGCUCCUGCGAGCCGCUGCCGCCCGCCGCCCGCCAGCUGCGCCCGCCGCCCCGCGACCCCGCCGGGGACCGGCCCGAGGAGCCGGCGGCGGCGGCGGCGGCCGGGGGCAGGUCCGGGCCGGGCAGCCGGCGCUUCCCGCAGGCCAUCAUCGUGGGGGUGAAGAAGGGCGGCACCCGGGCGCUGCUGGAGUUCCUGCGGGCGCACCCCGCCGUGCGCGCCCUGGGCGCCGAGCCCCACUUCUUCGACCGCGGCUACGAGAAGGGGCUGCCCUGGUACAGGAACCUGAUGCCACGGACUCUAGAGGGGCAGAUCACGAUGGAGAAAACCCCGAGUUACUUUGUGACCAAGGAGGCUCCCAAACGUAUUUACAACAUGUCCAGGGAAACCAAGCUGAUUGUGGUGGUGAGGAACCCGGUCACCAGGGCCAUCUCAGACUACACGCAGACACUAUCCAAAAACCCCACCAUCCCCAGCUUCCAGGCUCUGGCUUUCAAGAAUGUCAGCACGGGCCUCAUCGACACCACCUGGAGUGCAGUGCGGAUCGGCAUCUAUGCCAAGCACCUGGAUAACUGGCUGCAGUACUUCCCCCUUUCAAAAUUCCUCUUUGUCAGCGGGGAAAGACUCGUGAGUGACCCGGCUGGGGAGAUGGGCCGAGUGCAAGACUUUUUGGGUCUCAAGAGAGUCGUGACGGACAAACACUUCUAUUUCAAUGAGACCAAGGGCUUCCCUUGCCUGAAGAAGCCCGAAGGAAGCAGCCGGCCCCGCUGUUUGGGGAAGUCCAAAGGGCGACCUCAUCCAAAAAUCCACGGGCAGGUGAUCCAGCGCCUGCAGGAGUUUUACAGACCCUUCAACAUGAAGUUCUAUCAGAUGACUGGGCAGGACUUUGGGUGGGACUGAGAUCUCACCAGGCCAAUGGCUUUCUAAGCCACAGUGGAGAGAGGACAACUAGUCCGCUUAGCAGACCUACAGGGCCCUUGGCACAUUGUGUGCCAAACUUCCCAGGGACUCUAGCAUAGGUGUGUCCAAGGCAAACUUUUGGAAGACACUUCCCAUGUUCUAAUUUAUAACGGACUUGUUCCUGGAGAGAAAUGUACACUUACUGACUAGAGAGAAAUAUUUAAGAAAGAAAAACAAACAAACAAACAAACAAAAAAACCCCAACCCCAGAUCAGAUUAAAUAUUCUUCCAUAUAAAUCUUGCUAAUCUAUAUUAACCAGAACGGUUUUCAGAUGGUGAGAGAGAGAGAGAGAGAGUGAGCGUGAGUGUGUGCAGUGACAAAGGCACUAAGAUUCACAAUAAAGCUUUGCAAAUCAGAGUUGGCCUCCUAAUGCUGCUCUUUCUCUGACUAUACUGAGAGUGCUGUAAUAUUCACAAUCAGCCAUCCCGACCCUUUUAAUUAGCAGGCGAAAGGGCCCUAGACACCAGUGCUGUGUUGAGGUCUUGGAUGCCUUCCUUACAAAGGGACACUGUAAAGAUAACUGCAGCCAGGUUCAAAGCUGCUGUACAGCAAUGUAGGUCCAUUGACUUCAAAGGAGCUAGGUUGGUUUACACCAGCUGAGGCUCUGGCCUGGUAUAUUAAAAACACUAAUGACUUAUGAUAAUAACAUGUUAGGAGACUGAUCUUGCUCCUCCCAUUGGAAUCAAUGGAGUUUUGGCCAUUGACUUAUUGGGGCCAGUAGCAUGCCCCAGUUUAAAAAAAAAAUCUUAUUUCUCUAUUACUUUUUAUGCUAUUUGUUUUUCUUUGUGCUUCACUCAGUUGGGCCAGUGAGUUUUGGCCUAGAUCCUCAAAGGCACCUAACUUCCCUCCACAUACCUUUGAUGAUCUGGGCCUAUGUGUUUCUAGUCAACUUCACUUUCCAGUGCCUACGCCCUGCAAGUUUGGUUUUCGGUUUCCCAUGCUUCAAGAGGACAUGGAUGCUCUCCUCUUCCCAAAAUUCUCUUUUUCCUUAAAAUGUACAAUAAAUAAAAUAAAAUGUUGUGUUUAUUAGAGUUUUGUAAAAGCCCUUUUAAAAAAGACAAUCUGAAUUUUGGACCUAAGUCAUGUUUGGUGUCCUUAGAAACAGUUACCUGGUUUGAUAGUUUCGGUCAGAUCUGCAAAAAACAGGACACAAUGAAUCUACAAAAUAAUACAAAUCUGUGGGUGAUUUAUUGUUAUUUAAAGGCUUGAUUCUCCCUCAGAAGUCAGUGGGAGUUUCAGUGAGGGCAGAAUUGUCUUAAAUGCACAGGGUAGAAUGUUGACCCUCUCUGAAGUUAACGGCAAAAGUCCCAUUGACUUCAGUUGUACAGGAUUUUACCCACAGUUCUUUUCUGGCUAAACUGUUUGCAUUAAAAAUUCUAUUCUGGUGUGGUUUCAGGAACAUACAAUACUGACAACUCUGGGCAAAAAAGAGUAGAAAAAUCUCCUGUUCUUAAUUGUGACAAAAGUUGCAGCUCUACAAAAUUAUUAUAAAAAUUUACUAGGCCACAUCACAAAAUCUGCUUGCCAGCUCUUUUCCCCAGGAGAAUACAAAAUUAUUGGUACUUUGUCAGUCCAAAUAUUAUUUGUCUUGGUGGGUGGUCAAGUAGCAUAUGACAAGGUUGGACAGAAGAAUGGUAAAUUGGCAAAGUUUGAAAUAAAAGGAAAUAUUAAUUCUGUCCCUAAUAAGCAAAAUCGUCUUAAGCACAUAGUCAGCUUUAAAUUGGUACUUACAUGUAAUUGACCUCAAUGGGAGUUAAGCACCUGCUUAAAGUUUAGCAGGUGGUUAAAUGCUUUGUUGAAUCAGGGCCUUUACAGCUGAGUCAAAACACUCAUUGAAUAGAAUGGGACCACUCACAUGCUAAAAGCUUAGACACAUGCUCAAGUACCUUGCAGGACUGGGGCCCUGUUUUCAGAAUGGCACUUUGACCAUUUUCUCUUUCCCAUUUUGCAGCUGGCUCUGCAUCUCUCAUGUUGAUUUUUAUUGAGGCGAGCUUCCUUUCUGAGAUUGGGCAGUGACUGGCAUUUGAUGAUACAUCUGGUCGAACAGCGAAUCCAGAGAAUGGUGUAUUUUUCCUGAUUUAAAAUAGUCUGAAAGAAUAAAAACAAUUAGCAGCAGUAGUUCUGAAUAUAUUCCAGAUCCGGUUGCAUUGUGUAUCACAUGCAACACAGGUGAUAAAGUUGGAGACCUCCAAGAGUAAGGACAAAUAUCCCCCCCUCCCAGGAACAAUUUUGCCAAAGAACAUAUAGCAAAAAAAGUCUGACCUUUAGCCCAGUGCCUACCAAUCGGUUUCCAGAUUUGCAGCCACAAAGGGCAGUCAUCGGAGGCCGGUGGAAUGAGUUUCAAGUUUUCUCAUAAUUAAAGAGGGGCAAAAAACACUUCAACCUUUCAUAAUCUUAUUAGUGACUUGUUUGUCUUUUUAAGUAGUUCAUUACAUGGUUUUGAAGGGCCCCAAGGCCCUGCACGGUUUUGUACUAUGUGAUAGAUCCAUUCGAUUCCAGUACAACAUAGUCUCAGUGCUGGCUAUCCUGUAAGGCGUAGGGUUGACUUGCUGUUUCAAUGGUCACAAGCCACUGGUUGCAAACCAUCCCGGCUGCAUUGUUAAACACAAAUGUUAAACUCUUUCAGGUAGCCCAUGUUUUCCUUGACAAAUACAAUGUAAGCAAAGAGCCUCUGCCCUUUCCAAUGCGUCCCUUAGUGCUCCAGUCAUUCUCCAGAUUGAUUUUGCAUCUGGCAUUUUAGAUGGGGUGUUUUUAGUUGGUUUGCAAUACAUGUUGCUAAAGCUUCUCCCACUUCUUUGCUUUUUCUACAGUAAGAGGCUCCCCUUUGUUCUUCUUCAGUGGCAUUUCUUUUCUAUGGGUGGCGCUUAAAGCCUCUAAACUCACGGCUAACGGUCAGCGCUUUAGUCUGUUUCAGACAGGAGGCUAAUCUGUUUACUGCUGCAACAAACGAUGCACAAAAUGAUGCAACUCAAUGUCAGGUCUAAGUUGAACACAAACAUCUCAGCUAUUUAUAUAUUGAGAGAUGGAGAGAGAAACGUGAACUUUUUUUGGUAUACCUUGGAAAUAGACAUGACUUCUAAUUUGCAUGGUCUUUGCCCUGCUUUAAAUUCCUGUCAGUUUCUAAAGGCAAUGUAGCUGCAUUGUACCUGGUUAAGACGCCGUGGUAGGUUAAACAACAAAGAAAAUCUGAAUUAAUUUUGUGCGGCGCUCGAAAGGCUAGAUCCCCACCUGGGGUAAAUCAGAGCAGUUCCAUUGAUUUCAGUGGAACUACAGUGAUUUCAGGCCAGCUGAGAAUAUGGUCCUGAAGAGGCAAUUGAAGCAGAGAGAGGUUCAGGCUACACGUAAAUGGCAUCUUCCCCCAUUUCUGUAGCUUUUCCCAUGAAGUAAUUCUACAGCUUCGUAUGAUUGGUUUUGUCUGGCUUUGUACAAACCACAGAGGAAUCUCUCUCUCCUCCCCUCAUACCCUACCUCCACCCCUUUGCCAGGGGGAACUGAGGGUGCUCAGCCCCAACAGCAGGUGCCCAGCACCUUGUAAAAUUGCCCUCCCCCAAGUGUGCAAAUCCUGCCAAGGUGAGCGGCCCAAGGAAAGGGAAGUGCCCUCUCCACCAACCCGCUUGGGGUUGGAUGUCAGAGCUGCUGGAGCCUGUUGUCACUUUCGCUGGCAGCACCACAUGAUGGACUGCACUUUGCUUGUUUAGGUUUUGUUUCCAGCCACGACAUUCGACCAAAUUAUUCUCCAUGAAGGGCUUUAAAGUUUCCCAAGUGCCUGUGAAAGCCUAGAAAUGCUGAUAGUGACCCUAUUUCUCAGCUGAGUGGCUACAUUCAGCCAGAGCCAUAUUGAUAUGCAAAACGUUAAGGGCCCCGGGUCUAAAGAUGGUUUCUGUCUGCCUUGUGAAAGGGGGCCAUACUUUUUUAAAGCCUAGGCCUUUCUAAAGCUGCACAAUACCAUAUAGACUAUGCCAUUUAAAGCAUCUGAAGCAACCCAAAAUGUAUUGAAAGCUUGCUUUGCAAACUCAUUAAGACUACUCAAUAGGUUCUGGCAAAUACCGUGCCAGGGCUGACCGCACGGAUUAAGACUUUUGAAGUGAUACACAAACCCCCUGCUUAAACUAAUUGCUGCCCCAUGGCUCAUGAGGUCAAGUGUUUGUAUUCAUUGCAUUCGAGAGGAGCCAUUUGUGGGGCUGUCCAGGUGAAGUCUGCACUUCAUUAGACCAGGACAAUAAGCUGGAAGUUCCCCGUAGGAAGGGGAAAGGUAACCAAGAUGGAAAUUUCAUGGAUCUCUCAAAGGAGAAUCAUUGAAUACAAACAAACUUAUGUCCACCACUGCAGGGUUUUUCAAUGAAAGAGUUCCCACAUGGAAUAGUGGCUUUGCAAUCUAAUAUACUAAAUGCGGGGAGGUAGCCUUGCCAAAUGCUUCAUUACAAUCUUUGUUGUGCUAUCCUAAAAUGGCCAGUUCAAUUAAAAGGGAAUGUAACUUUAAUUACAUAUAUCAGUUCAGUGUGUACAAAUCUCUGUCGUUUUGGUUAGUACACAAUGCUGCAGUUUUUUGUUACUGUCACCCCCUGGGAGUUACUUUGAAACCUAUUACUUGAAUUCUAUGAAUUUUGUUACAGGUAUACUGAAAGAAAAAUUGCAAAGCUGACUGAGAUCAGAGAAAAUCCACUGACAUUUAAUUUUCUUUGCCUUCAGCCCUAGAUGUGUUUGCUGGGCAGCAAAAUUUCAUCCUUGCCUCUGACACUGUGGGGAUGUAUCUUCCAUAUCCUGCGUUUAAACUUUCACAAUGAAUUGAACAUUAAUAAAUAGGCCUGGCUUGUCCUAAAAUGUUUGUCUCCCUGUUUUGGGUAGGGGGACUUACCUCAUCAGUAAGGAAAGAAAAGCAGCAGCAAGAGGCAGAAUUGGCAUCCAAGUGAUGGUGAAUUAGAGAGGAGAUUGGAUAGAGAAUGCUCUACCUUAUAUCACCGGGGCUGCUUGAAAUUCAACUUUAUCUCCUAAGAGUUCUCCAUCGUAACACAUUGAAAAAUGCCACCACAAUCUUAGCAAAUUGCUGCCAUUGGUUAAACUGUUCCAAAGGCAACGUUCUCCUGUGACACCACUAAAGCAUUGCGCCCAGCAUGAGAAAUAUAACGUGCUUCAAACAUCCAUCAAGUUGUAUGGCUAGCGUUUCAAUUUAUGCAGAAUCAUUAGCCUAUGAUAACCCUUAAAGCCAGAGGAAUUCCAAACGAUUCACUUCUGUUUGCCAUCAGUGGACAGUUAACGAUUGCUGGUGACAACCAAGAUGCAAAGUCUACAUUGGGCUGGUAGAAUCAAAUCCAUUGAACGAGCAGUGGUCACUUUUGUGAUGCAUUGUUCCCCAAUUACAAGUGGAUUCCUUUCAGCGACAGAAUGGGGAACCCAUCAUGUGUUAACACAUGUGCCUCGUGUAUAUCCUAGAAGAAAUGGCCUUUGUCGUCAUUUGCUAAUGGGCCUAAUUAAAAAAGAAAAUUUAGAAAAAUUAGGGGUGAGAUUUUCUAAAGAUUUCAGCCAGCUUUUCCAUUAAGGCACAACAUACUGUAGUUCCCAUCCCUCCCAAUGGGAGCUAAUGAGCGCUAAGAACUUUUGAAAAAAAAAAGUUGAUCUCUUCAUUUUGGGUGUCUAAGUGGGACACUUAGAAAAAUCUGUCCUCAAUUGUGGGUACUGAGUACUUAUGAAAAUCUAAUCCAAAAUGUCUAUUCUUUUUUCCCACUGGCCAAUUUCACCUAAUUUACAAUCACUUUUUUUAAAAUUCCUCUAAGCCUGUGGGCAUCAAACUUGUAUUGCGAAAAACCAAAAUGCUACAUUCUUUAUACAGGCAAAACUCCCCCAGGAGUCAUGGGAGUUUUGCCUCAGUAAGAAUGCAGCAAUUGGCUCUGGAAAUAUCAUAGUAUGGUGUGAAAUGUAUUUGAAUGUUGUAAAUUAUCAGAUGGAUUGUUUGGCUUGGAUUGUGCUAUUAUAUUUUUUUCCCCUUUUCCCUAUAUGGAAGAUACAUCUUUGUGUUUAUAUUUUGUUAACAGAGAGAGAGCUCUGGGUCUGAUAUCACUCUCCUUUGCUGGAGUUUUCUCACCACUUGUAAAACUUGUAUAAGCAGUCUCCACUGGGAUAACAAAGUUGGGUGAAAAUAUGUCAGAAUAUGAUCACACUCAAAAAAAAAAAUAACCACUAUAUUUUUCUGCACAAGAUCUCUGAAAAUAAAGUUAUAAAGAAAAUGA